AUGAAAGAGAAGACACGACAAAAAUUCACCGGUAACGUGAAAUUAAAGUCAAUCUCGAUUAAAGCUGGUCCUGGUGAUAAUUGUCCAUCAAAAUUAAAAGUUUAUAUUAAUCGAGACGACGUGGAUUUCGACGCGGUAGAAACCUACGAACCAACACAAGAAUGGGAACUAGUGCAGACUAGUGAAAUAAUCGAAAUUUCGAAAAUGUCUAAUGUGCGAAAUUUGAAUUUAUACUUUUCCGAUAAUUUCGGAGGAGAGAUUACACGAAUUUAUUAUAUUGGGCUUAAAGGAGAAUGGACAGAGAUCAAAAAAGACCCAAUAAUAACUUUAUACGAAGCAGCUGCCAAUCCAGCAGAUCAUAAAAUUCACGGUGAAGAGCGAUUGCAUCACGAUAUUGAUUGA